AUGCUGAAGGGCUGUGGGAGUACCGGUACUGCCGUGGCCAGGGCUGGGCCCAGGUGGCCCAGGGCACUGAGCCCGCUGCAGCCGCUCGAGGCCCUGCUGCGGAGGGAGAUUCCGGCAAUUCGUAGCGGGUUUGGCAGCCAGGCCCUUGCGCCUGACAGGAGCAUGACGGCAUCGUCCCAGGCAGCCGGCGCAUCGCAGCGGUACCAGUACAUGUACCUGAAUCAAAAUUAUCAUACGGAGUAUUUCGUCCCUGUACCUGCUACGAACAAUAGCGGGCAAAGUCGUGGGCAGAUACGACACCAACGCACAACCUCGCGCGCAUCGCGGUUCGACUUACGAGAGAGACUGUCUUGGUGGUUGCGAGCUGAUAUCGAGCAACGCAAAUUCAAAACUUGCGCCAACACGACGGUCUCGCAUGACUCUCACUCGGAGCGGUCUUUUGACGAGCAGCGAAUCACGGCCCAGAAACACGCAGAUACGCCUCACAAAAGCAACAACUUUGCUCUCCCCGCCACGGGAAAAAGGAAAGCAUGUCUCAACUGGGUCCGCAAAGCGCCCAGAAUCCAUACAGAUGAGGCACUAUCACCGACCCUCUUGCCUCAGGAUGAGGGAGCCAAAGGUCCUGACGAGACCCGGAUAUGA